AUGGGUGUCUCGCAAUUCAACCCUAACCUUGCUGAAAGCAUAUCUCUCUCACCCGAGACUGGUACUGUUCUCACAAGUCGGGUGACUGAGCGAAAGGGACGACCAUGGUGUGAAUACAGUAAAAGGUCGGGACACGUUCUUGGAAGAUACUGGAAGCUUCACGAGAAACCAACUGAGAAGGAAUCGGCUGAGAAGAAGAAAACACCAAAGCAGAAAUUCAUCGGGGCAAUUUUGUCUCAACAGAGGAGGAAUCCACUGCAGCUUUCUGAUCGUGUUCUUCAAACAUCUCUUCCAGGUUGGAUGAUGGCGAUUGUAAUGGCUCUUCUGAGCGGUUUUGCCGGAGUUUAUACUGAGGCUAUUAUUAAAAAACGUCCAUCAAGAAAUAUAAACGUGCAGAAUUUCUGGUUGUAUAUAUUUGGGAUGGCCUUCAACGCUGUUGCAAUAUUAGUUCAAGAUUUUGAUGCAGUCAUAAACAAGGGUUUUUUUCAUGGAUAUUCAUUGAUUACAGUUCUCAUGAUUGUAAACCAUGCACUCAGUGGCUUAGCUGUCUCUAUGGUAAUGAAGUAUGCUGACAAUAUUGUGAAGGUUUAUUCAACAUCAGUGGCAAUGCUUCUCACGGCAGUUGUUUCUGUGUUUCUAUUUGGGUUUCAUCUUUCGCUUGCCUUCUUCCUAGGUGCAACGGUCGUCUCUAUUUCAGUAUAUUUACACUCUGUCGGGAAGCUGAGAUAACACUUUUUUUUUUUUUGGCUGAAUCAAAUUGGUUGUUAUUCUAAAGAUAAUUUGGUGACAGAGAUGAUGAAUCUUCUUGGUAAAUGAUAUUCUAAUUUUGCUCAAAUUGCUAAGCGAUAACCAUAGUAUCCAUAAUUAUAUUUCCAAUUGUCUUGUAAUUGUGGUACAGCUAAUGCAAGAUCCCUCAGCUGGUUAUUUACAGUUGAAGCUUCA